AUGUUUCUCGAUCUCGUUUCCAGGCUGAGCGUUAACUCAUCAUUUUGCCAUUUGCCCACCCACCCCCCUCUCCUGCCCUCUAAAACUCACCGGAUUCGACGGUCUGUCGCCGCCAACCCUCGAUCCUCAAACUAUGAUCCGCGAAUCUUGACCGUUCGCACUCUACCCUCGAGCGUGUGUAGUCUUCGACCCCUGCAAACAGCCCGCCAACGCAGACUACCCUUUCCAUCCCUCAAUCCCUGCCUCAUGAACAACGGAGGUUGUGAGCAAGAGUGCCAAAACAUCGGCGGUCGGGCUCGGUGUGAAUGUCGCGACGGCUAUCAGAUCUCGCAUCGUGAUCCCACCAAAUGCGAAGCACAUGCUCCGGCCAAAUUUGAGGCAUAUUUGCCCCUUGACGACUUAGCUGCUGCGCUUUUGUGCCUGUAA